GAACCCUCGAAAAGAGACUUAAGACCCUCAUUUCCCUUUUCUUUGGAAUCAGCAUAUUGAACUUUAUUCUCUUAGCAUCUCUCUGUUUCUCUCUCUCUCUCUCUCUACAUAUAUAUAAACACAAAGCUAUUCUUGAUUUUAGUUUUAAGGUUUCUGUCGGUUCUUUCAUUUUUGGCUUUUAAAUCAAAAACUAUAUCGAAAUCACAAUCGUUCAAUACCAUGACUUCAGUCGUCGAGAUUGACGGUCACCAGCUAGUCAACGCUCUCCAACCCCUUUCUAUCCAGGACCAUGGUGAUGAUAAACGUGAUCAGAGUCAAAUGCAGAGUAAAAAAGAGAUUGAGGAAAAGGGGUUUGAGAAUCAUGGUGGGAUAUGUGCUGUAUGCUUGAAUCAGAUAGUGCUUGAGGAGACUGCCCUUGUUAAAGGUUGCGAGCACGCUUACUGUGUGACAUGCAUCCUUCGAUGGGCCUCAUAUAGAGAGAAAGCAACGUGCCCUCAGUGUAAACACCCAUUUGAGUUCCUGAAUGUCCAUCGUGCACUUGAUGGCAGCAUCAACGAUUACAUGUUUGAAGAGAGCGUCUGCCUACUUCUUAGAGCCACAUGGUUUAAACCUUUGAUUGUCGAGGAUCAUGAAGACUCAUUUGAUGAUCCUGAAGAAUAUUAUCCAUAUGAGGAUGAGGAUGAGGAAGACGAUCUAGAUGAAGUUUACUUUAGUAGUUCAUCAAGUAUUCGUAUUGGUAAUCGAAGAUGGGGAGAUAAUGGAUUUGUCAGGGGAGGACGCCAAGAAGCAAGGCCAGUGCAUCGAUCAAAUUACCAGGACCCUGGGGCCAGUUCAUCUCGAGAACCCAGAAGGAAGGAACCUGUGAAAGCUCCAACAGGGCGACGGGCAAAAAGGGCUCUUAAACGUGAAGCAGCUGAUAAGGCGGCUGCAGAAAAGCAUCAGCAGCAUCUGUUGAGGUUGGGCCGAAAGUGAAAGUGAUGCCAUUUCUCUCAGUACAUAAGCUUGGGCCUCACUCUGAUGCGCCUUUGUACAGUAUUUCCUUGCUUUCAACUUUGUGAAAUAAUGUAUGAUCACUUGGAAAGAGGGAAAAAAAAAAAGGAAAAGAAAAAAAAGAAAAAAAGAGCUUUGUGAAAUAAUGACAUGGUAGCUGGUUUCGACAUCUUGAUAUUUAGGUGUCAAAAUUAUUUGUUUAUUUAUCAUCUUUUAAUGAUUUUAGAAUUCUAAUUAUUUGACUUCUUUAAUAA